AUGCCGGUUCGGAAGGGGCUACUCGCGCCCCAGAACACGUUCCUUGAUACCAUCGCUACACGCUUCGAUGGCACCCAUAGUAAUUUUGUGCUCGGCAAUGCGCAAGUGCCGUCAUAUCCGAUCGUGUACUGCUCGGACGGUUUUUGUGAGCUGACUGGUUGGGCGCGCGCGCACAUCAUGCAAAAAGGUUGCGCGUGCAAAUUCCUGCACGGGCCCGACACAUGUGAAGAGCACCGUCAUGAGAUCGACGCCGCUCUGGAUUCUAAACAUGAACUUAAACUCGAACUGAUAUUCUACAAAAAGAAUGGUUCUCCCUUCUGGUGCUUGCUCGAUAUCGUUCCAAUUAAAAAUGAAAAGCGCGAAGUGGUUUUAUUCCUUGCUUCGUUCAAGGAUAUCACGAAUACAAAAAUGGCCGCCAUGAACACCAAUGAGGAGUUUGACAGCGACCCUAAUGGCAAUCUUGACCCUGAAGCACCCUCGCCCGCCAACAUGGGCAGGCGACGCUCAAGGGCCGUACUGUACCAGCUUUCAGGACAUUAUAAACCAGAUAAGAUGAAGACAAAACUUAAACUUAACAAUAAUCUACUUCACUCCUCUGACCCACCUUUGCCGGAGUACAAAACGUCAGCGAUAAAAAAGUCGAGAUUUAUUAUCUCGCAUUACGGCGUUUUUAAGACCUUCUGGGAUUGGCUAAUUCUCAUAGCAACAUUCUACGUAGCUGUCGUAGUUCCGUACAAUGCCAGUUUUGUUCACGAAGGACAUCCAAGGAUCAGUGUCACCAGUGAUGUAGUAGUUGAAGCCCUCUUCAUUAUUGACAUAGUGCUCAACUUCCGGACAACAUUUGUAAGUAAAAAAGGCGAGGUCGUAUCAGAUUCUAAAGCGAUAGCCCUUAAUUACAUCCGGUCUUGGUUUGUGGUGGAUCUCCUGGCUGCGCUUCCGUUUGACCUACUUUACGCUUCCGACGUUUAUAGUGGAACGGAAUCGACGCACGGAAAUGUACAUUUAGUAAAAUUAACAAGACUACUUCGGCUGGCACGGUUAUUACAGAAAAUGGAUCGAUACUCUCAAUAUUCAGCUCUAAUUCUGACCCUGUUGAUGCUCUCGUUUACUUUGGUUGCACAUUGGCUAGCAUGCAUUUGGUUUAUUAUAGCUGAGAAAGAGAUUGAGCACCACAAAAAUGAUAGUUGGGAUUUAGGAUGGAUUAACAAUUUAGCAGAGAGGCUUAAAGUUCCUCACACAAACAUAUCUCACAGCGAGAGUUACGUCACUGCACUCUACUUCACAUGCUCUUCAUUAACUAGCGUGGGUUUCGGCAAUGUAUCGGCUAAUACUCUGCCAGAGAAGAUAUUUAGCAUUCUGACUAUGUUAAUUGGAGCGCUAAUGCAUGCUGUAGUUUUUGGAAAUGUAACAGCUAUAAUACAGCGUAUGUAUUCGAGACGGUCAUUGUAUCAAAGCAAAUGGCGCGAUCUAAAGGACUUCCUUUCGCUUAAUCAAGUACCAAAGGAGCUAAAGCAACGUAUGCAAGACUACUUUCAAACAAUGUGGUCGCUUAAUCAUGGGAUUGAUAUUCACGAGACACUGAAAGAAUUUCCUGAGGAGCUCAGAGGCGAUGUCUCUUUACAUUUGCACAGGGAGAUAUUAUCACUUCCAAUUUUUGAAGCCGCAUCUCAGGGUUGUCUUAAGUUGCUUUCUCUACAUAUCCGAAACAACUUUUGUGCUCCCGGAGAGUAUCUAGUUCAUAAAGGCGAUGCACUUACUUACAUUCACUAUAUUUGUAAUGGUUCUAUGGAAGUAAUGCAAAAUGAUAUGGUAGUUGCAAUAUUAGGAAAAGGAGAUUUGGUGGGAUGUGAUAUGAAUACUCACUUACACGCAUUCAAUGGAACAGGAGGAUCACAGCCCAAUAACCCCGACGUUGUUGUGAAGUCGAGCAGUGAUGUAAAGGCUUUAACUUAUUGUGAUUUAAAAUGUAUUCAUAUGGGAGGAUUAGCUGAAGUUUUGCGUUUAUAUCCUGAGUACCAACAAGAGUUUAUUCACGAUAUACAGCAUGAUUUAACAUAUAACUUAAGAGAAGGUUAUGAAGCAGAGCAAGAAUCUGAUGGAAAUGGCCAUCCCUCGCUGACUCUUCCAUCUAUUUCUGAGGAUGACGAAAAUGCUGCAGAAGAGUACGCUCUUUCACCAAAGAAACCGUCAAUUACUAAUACUAACAGUCCACGUCACAAGUUUAGGUCUGACGGACAACGCUUAACACAUAGAGAACUACGUGAAAAAAUAGAAAGGCAACGAAGUGUUGCAACUCCUAAACUUGGAAGAGCUGAUUCUCUAGAAGGUCUUAAUUUAGAAGUACAUAACACAAGAUCGUCUGUAGAUAGACUUGACACUCAAGUAUCUAGUCUACAUCACGAUGUGGCUGCAUUAAGUAUGGAGGUUCGUAAUGCAAUUCAAGCACUACAAGAAAUGACAGGCCCUUCUGGAUGGCAUGCAGCUCAUUCCAAUCCAAAUUUACAAUGGAACGCACCGCUUAAUCAACUUGCUCGAAGUUGCAGCCACCCUCCUGAUGUUUUUUGUUGGGAACAGCAGGAAAGACCAGUCACACCUGAAAGGCUUAAAAUUGAUCGUAGUACACAGACUGAGCCAUUUCUUCAUUCUGUUACUCAAUACAUUAUGGAGCACCCAGCGACAGUCAUGCUUCUCUUAGGUAUAGACCCGAUGGCUAAUAUUGCUCCUGUUAUGCCACCGACUGUUGAGUUCUAUGAUACUCGAGGUCGUCGGCCCAGUACGCUUGAGCAAAUUAUAGAGACAGACAACGGAAGCCAGACGCCGUCCAGUACCGCCAGUGAUAAAUUUGAACCCAAUAGAAGUUUAAGUGGAAGUGCCAAAGAACUUAAUGUACAACAAGAUGCGAAACAAACUCAGGAUAAAGUUUUUAAAACUCCUAUUUUAAAAAGGAACAGAUAUUCUGCCAGUGAUAUUUGUGAAGCAUCGGAGAGAUUGUUACCAAAAAAGGGAUCACAACCUAGUACCUACAGUCUUAAAGCGAAUAUAAAUGGUUAA